AUGCCGUCAAUCCUGAGCGAAGGCCCUUAUCACCACCCGACCACUACUACUACCGUCAGCCCGUCCAAUUCCUUCGAUAUCGCCCAGCGGAAAUCCUACGACAAGACCCCCGUGGGCAACACCUUUUUGUAUACUGCCGGUGCGAAUGGCGAUGCCGGCCGCCUCGAAUCUUCCAGUCUCUACCAACAAUCCGACCACAACCAGUUUCUCACCAGCUUGAAGAACGGCAGCGCCCACUCGUUGAAUGGGGGCGCGCGCUCGAGUAUCGGGUCGUACAACCGGGAGCGCUUCUUUUCCAAGACCGACAGCACGCCGUCUCUGGCUAGCUUCUCGUUCCGGGAAAACAGAGACCAACAACAGCCACAGAGUCGUCUUUCGGCAAUGAGCGAUGGGUAUGUGAACGGCGACGGCGCUGCUGGUCAUGGGCCUGAGACGUCAUCUACCACGACGGCUACGCCUCAUGUCAACGGUAGUGCUAUGCCCGAGUCUCGUUCGCCGACGCCGAGCUCGAGGCCCUUGCCCAACGGUGAUUAUUACCGGCUAUCUACUAGCGAAGACCGCGGGUCCUUUCUGGACUCAAACCAGUCCGCAUACCACGCCAAUAACUUCCCGCUAUCGACAUCACUGCCUAGCGAAUCGUCCCAUUUAGCGCCAGAACCGGACCGACUGGCUCCCCCCAAUAAGCGCUCCCAGCAGCACCGCUAUUCUUCGCCUCCUGCCCCGGCCGACUUUGAGCCCACGUCGCCAACCUCCCCGUCUCGCCAUUCCAACCGAAGCGCCUUGCAAGUGCCGAGGUCAGUGACACGGCGGAGUCGUGAUUACUCGUUUGAAGAGACUCGCACAUACUCUACUGGACGAGGAGAUCAGACCGGCCCUCACUUUCGUCGCAGCUCAUUAAGCCUGGUUCGCCGGGCGACGCGGACGAGUGUUGCUGAUUUGCAUCCUGAUGAGAGUCUCAAUGAUGAAGAGGCUGCUCGGUGGGCCGAAGCAAUCAAGCAGAAACGCGCUCGCAAGAAGAGGCGCGAGGAGGAAGACGAUGACCGAGUGAUUGUUGGCACCAAGGUUGACCAGAACCAUGUCAACUGGGUGACUGCGUACAACAUGUUGACUGGUAUUCGGUUUGUUGUGUCGCGAAUCAACGCGAAGAUGGAGCGCGAGCCGACUCCAGCCGACUUUGAUGCCAAGCACAAGUUUUCUUUUGAUAUCACCGGUAAAGAGUUGACCCCUUCGGCAAAAUAUGACUUCAAGUUCAAGGACUACGCGCCCUGGGUGUUUCGUCGUUUGCGUUCCAAGUUCAAGCUGGACCCGGCAGAUUAUUUGAUGUCGCUGACGAGCAAAUAUAUCUUAUCGGAGCUUGGCUCGCCUGGAAAAAGCGGCAGUUUCUUUUACUUUUCGCGCGACUACAAGUAUAUCAUCAAGACCAUCCACCACUCUGAACACAAGCUUUUGCGCAAGAUUCUGCCAGACUACUACAAGCACGUUGAGAACAACCCAAACACUCUAAUAUCGCAGUUUUACGGCCUGCAUCGUGUCAAAAUGGCAUAUGGCCGUAAGAUUCAUUUUGUGGUUAUGAACAAUCUUUUCCCGCCACACCGUGAUAUCCAUCAGACAUUCGACUUGAAAGGAUCGACUAUUGGACGCGACUUGCGCGAAGAGGAUCUGGAAAGGAACCCACGCGCGACGAUGAAGGAUUUGAAUUGGCUGCGAAGGAAUCGUCACUUGGAGCAGGGACCGAUGAAGAAAGACGUGUUUAUGACACAGCUUCGACGGGACGUGUCGCUUUUGCAACGGCUCAAAAUCAUGGAUUAUUCGUUGCUGGUCGGUAUACACGAUCUCAACAGGGGCAACGAGGAGAACCUCCGCGACAAGACCCUGCAAGUGUUCCAGCCUGGCGGAGAUCGAGACGACGACACGGGGACGGACUUGCUCGUGAAGACGCCUUCUAAAAUGGAGAGUGCCCGCAAAGCGCGGGAACUGCGCAUGACGCUGAAACGGGAACGACCAGUGCCUAUACUGCAUUCAGCAGCCAAGAUGCCGGACGAGAUUCUCGACGAGAGGAAGAACCUGGUGUUUUACUCUGACGACGGCGGUCUGCGCGCGACACACGAAAAUGGGCAGCCUGGAGAAGAGAUUUAUUAUCUUGGAAUUAUUGAUUGUCUGACACCGUACGGCAUGGUCAAGAAAGCAGAACACUUCUGGAAAGGGCUUUCACACAAUCGCUCACAGAUAUCUCCUAUCCCGCCCCAGCAAUAUGGCGAACGGUUUAUCCAGUUCAUGGAGGGCAUUACCAUGUCGAAAGAAGAGGCAGAACGGCUGCAGCUGGCGCGCGCCAACGGAGCCACGUCGGAAGAGAUCAGCCGGGUCAGCGAGGCCCUUCGACGAGAGUCUGUCGAAAGAACGAUGCAAGCCGCCGAGAACGAGGCUCGCAACAGCGGGCCAGAGCCUCAUGCGCGCACGCUGGCUACCAUGUGGGAUCCGCACGAUGUUAACAGCAUGAGCGGACCGUCGACGCUGCCGAUUGUCGACGAGGCUGGCGAAGCUGGCAGUCAGAAGAGCGGACGCAGUCGGGGGAUUCGAAGCCAUUUGGAUUCAAUGCACGACAAGCCUCUGCCUGUUAUUCCCAACCAAGCCCACAACUAG